GCUUCGCUGUGGAGGAAGAAAUAACAACGGACUCAUCAUGCUCUAUGCGCACAUUUAAAACCUUACACGCGCAUGUAGGGCUUUGCUCUAUAUAAUGUUCUAAGCUUUCACUUUCCCAGUCGUCUUCACAUACACCCCUCGUUGAGUGAACGUGUAAGGACAACUAGUCCCGUUCAUUUCCCCCGUCUUGGUGAGCUCGGUGAUGCGUGCAAUCGUGUUGCCGUUUGGAGCCUACUGACCGCUGGUGCGCAGUCUUCUCCCGUCAGUGUUGGAUUUGCGCUUGAAUUGCGUACUCCGUGUGAAACCUGCGCAUAGCCACGUCGUCGUCAGUGCGUCACCAUGCGCGUGAAGUUCACCAUCAACGGGAAGCUGUACCAGGUUACCCCGGACGAGCUGCCGAUCGAUGCGUCGCUGAACCGCUUCAUACGCACCAAGGCACACCUGACAGGCACCAAGUUUAUGUGUCUCGAGGGGGGCUGUGGCGUGUGCAUCGUGAACGUGGUCGACACACAUCCGGUUACCAAGCAACGCAUCACCUUCUCAGUGAACUCGUGUCUGUUUUCGGUAUUCUCCUGCCAUGGCAUGGACAUUCUUACGGUGGAAGGCAUUGGGUCGAAGGCGACCGGAUACCAUCCGGUGCAGGAGCGAUUGGCACAGUUCAACGGCACACAGUGCGGGUACUGUUCGCCCGGCAUGGUGAUGAGCAUGUACAGCCUGCUGGAGGCGAACAAUGGCAGCGUCACGAUGGAAGAUGUGGAGAAGGCACUGGCAGGAAACAUCUGUCGCUGUACCGGCUAUCGACCGAUUCUGGAUGCGUUCAAGUCAUUCGCGGUCGAUGCACCGCCCGAGGAUAGGCUAGCUCGACGGGCUAUGGGCAUCACCUGUGCCUCAGACAUCGAAGAUCUGCCCCGGACGAGCUGUGUCGGUUGUGAGCGGGAAUGUUCAGCCAAGGGUUGCUCCGAUGAGACGAUUGAGCUGCAGUUCAGCAAUCAAGAUCGUCGGUGGUUUCGAGUGCGCACAGUGGACGAGAUAUUUGACAUCCUGCGAGAGGAGGACGUGAGCCCUGGGACGUACAUGCUGGUGGCGGGCAACACGGGUCACGGUGUGUACCGGAGAGCCGCAGACUUGCGAGUGUUCAUCGAUGUGCGCCACGUGGAGGAGCUGCGCAACUACUGGAUCGGAAGCUCGGUGAUCGUCGGUGCUAAUGUGACGCUCAGUGAACUGAUUGAGAUAUUGCGAGAGGCGGCCAAAGCCGAUCGGCGCUUUACGUACUGUGGCGAGCUGGCACGUCAUGUGGAAGAGGUUGCACAUCCCGCAGUGCGGCACGUCGGAACGAUCGCCGGGAAUCUAACGCUCAAACAUCGCCAUCCCGAGUUUCCUUCCGAUCUGUUCGUUUUGUUGGAAGCUAUCGGUGUCGAGAUGACGAUUGCUUCCCCCAGUGGUGCGAUGGAAAAGCUGCUGCCCGGCCAGUUUCUCAGCUACAACAUGCACAGACGGGUGCUGCUGAACAUAACGCUUCCCCCGCUCGACUCGGACCGGUGCGUGUUUCGCUCGUACAAGGUAGCGGCAAGGGCGCAGAACGCGAGCGCCCAUGUCAACGCCGCCUUUCUGUUGCGCCUGUGCGCACGCAAAAUUAACGUCGAGCAAGCGUGUCUUUGCUUCGGCGGCAUCGGACCGAAGUUUUCUCGCGCAACCCGCACGGAGCAGUACCUCGCGGGCAAGAACCCGUUCAACAACGUGAUGCUGCAGGAAACACUUGCCGUACUGAACGCCGAGCUAGCCGGUGGACAAACGGAACCAGCCGCAGAUGCAUCAUACCGUCGCCAGGUAGCAGUCGGUUUACUGUACCGUUUCGUCCUUCAUAUUGCACCACGUGAUCGUCGCGUAGCCAACCCGAUAGUCCGCUCGGGUGGAUCGAAAAUACAGCGUCCCAUUUCCAGCGGCGCUCAGUCCUUCGAUACGUAUCCCUCAAACUGGCCGCUUACGCAAGCACUGCCCAAGCUGGAAGCCUUCCACCAGACGGCCGGUGAAGCGAUCUACGUCAACGAUCUUCCAAGUCGUCCGGACGAGCUGCACGCCGCCUUCGUACUGGCAAACGUAGUGCAUCGACAGAUUACUGCCAUUGAUCCAUCGCCUGCUCUCGCAAUGCCGGGUGUUGUGGCAUUCUAUUCUGCCAAAGAUAUUCCUGGGAAGAAUAAUUUCGCCUCACUUGUUGGAGGUUUCAACACGGCCUUCCCGUUUCGGGAUGUGCCCGAGGAGAUUCUGUGUAGUGGUUACGUACUGUACCACGGUCAGCCAGUUGGUAUUGUGGUGGCUGAGUCGUUCGAGUGUGCUACGGAGGCAGCAACGAUGGUGAAGAUGACUUACGGAGAGUCCAAUGAUGAGCCGAUACUUCCCACGGUGGAUGAUGUGCUCGCCCAUGGCACUUCAGGCCAUCGUAUCCUGAUGCUUGAACCGGACGUAGUGGGUCGAUCGUACAACCGGGUGGGCAGUACUGUCAACACCGUGAAGGUUACGGGAAAGUGUCACUUUCGCAGUCAAGCACACUUCACGCUAGAGCCUCAGACUUGUCUUUGCAUCCCAUCGGAGGAUGGGACCGGGAUGGAUGUGUAUAGUGCUACCCAAUCGAGCCACAUGGUCCAGAACGCGAUCGCAAAGUCACUCAACUGGCGCCAGUGUAAUGUACGAGUUAUUGUACACCCUGUAGGUGGAUCGUUUGGUGCGAAACUGUCCCGCGGAGCAUGGGUCGCCAGUGCGUGUGCUCUAGGCGCCUAUCUUACCCGACGUCCGGUUCGGAUGGUAUUACCGUUCGAGACUACGAUGAAGGCAAUCGGUAAGCGUAUCGGAGGUCAAUGCGAGUACGAAGUGGACGUGCGUCCGAUGGAUGGACGCAUUGUUCGACUUUCCAACACGUACUACGAGGAUGAGGGUGUGUCCCAGUACGAAGCGAUGACGAUGCUGUUCCGAGAGGCGUUCCGUAACUGCUACAGUGAUGACAGCUGGCGACUACGGAUGCGCGGUACCCUUACUGACUCACCUAGCACCACCUGGUUAAGAUCGCCCGGUACAGCUGAGUCGAUUGCUACCAUCGAAACGAUCAUGGAGCAUGUGGCGUUCGUUACUGGGCUCGAUCCUCUCACAGUUCGGCUUGCCAACAUGGAACCAGGCAGCAGCAUGGUCACCUUACUGCCAGCAUUCUAUGAGCAGGUGGACUUCAAGGAACGUAAAGCAGCUGUCGAUCGUUUCAACGAGACGAAUCGUUGGAAGAAGCGAGGAAUUGCGAUCGUUCCGAUGGGUCAUCCGAUUCGUUAUUUUGGUGGCAUGAACGCUUGGGUGUCAAUCUAUCACGUGGAUGGGAGUGUGGGCGUCACGAUCGGCACUGCCGAGAUCGGACAGGGUGUUAACACAAAGGUGGCACAGGUUGUGGCCCACACGCUCGGCAUUCCGUUGGCGUUGGUUACGGUGAAGCCACACACGACUGUAGGCAGCCCGAACGCAUUCAUAGAGGGAGGCAGUAUCAGCACGGAUGUGGUGGCGUACUCGGCCCGGCGUGCCUGUGAAACUCUGCUCGAACGCAUUCGUCCCGUGCGGGAGGAUAAUCGGACCGCUCCGUGGGAAGCGAUCGUGCAGAUGUGCUACCAGCGACGGAUUGAUCUGACCGCUUCUUACAACACCAAACGGACGGAUCUACGUGGAUACACCGUGUGGGCACUGUGUGCAGUCGAGCUAGAGGUGGACGUACUUACCGGGCAGGUACAGCUGCAGCGUGUGGACAUUCUGGAGGAUACGGGCGAGAGCAUGAACCCUCUAUUAGAUAUUGGGCAGAUCGAGGGCGCUUUUGUGAUGGCGGUUGGGUUUCAUCUGCUCGAGGAGCUGCGAUACGAUCGGAGUACGGGAGCGCUUAGCAACUACCGCACGUGGAACUACAAGCCGCCGAGUGCGCGUGACAUUCCGGUAGAUAUGCGCGUUCGGUUGCUGCAGAAGAGUUCGAACCCAGCGGGUGUACUUCGGUCGAAGACAACGGGAGAACCGGCAUUCAACUUGGGAGUUACCGUCCAGUUCGCUCUGCGGUAUGCACUAGCUUCGGCACGGCGCGAUGCUGGACUGCCGAUUGAGUGGUUAGAGAUUGCUACGUCCUGUACACCGGAAAAGGUACUUGCUAUGACGGGGACCACCAUCGAUCAGUUUGUGCUGCACUGAACAAGAGCGAAUCAACCACAAACUAAGCGCCUACUUAGGACCCCGAGGUCUCAAGGGGGUCAAUAAGCAAAACUUUCAAUUAUAAGUAUGCAUAAUGAUCAAGAUUUUUCUAUUCAUAUUUCGAUUUGAUUCGAGGUGAAAUUGAACUGCAAAGUGAACUUUUCCGGAUAGAAAUUCACAACUCAAUGGCUCAUUUACAAGAAAAUAAUGCAUCUGACUAUUUUAGGACCGGUCUCUUGGUACAGUCGUCAACUCGCACGUUGUGGUAUAAAGCCCGUUAUGGACCGUGCGCCUUAUAUAAUGGUCAAUUAUAUAGGUCAAUUUUGAAAGUAUCUAAACCUUAGAGAAAUUUACUUUAUGUAGAUGUGAAGUGAUAAAAAUGUAUGGAAGAUGACCAGCCUGUCCGGUUCAUCUAAAAGAAACUACACGAGAACUAUCUUAAAGAUUGCAUCUUAGAGUGAAAUCACUGUAAGUGUAAUGGAAUAGAAAAAAUAAUUGUCAGAUGUAUUGAAAAUAAAAUAAAACCCUACUAGGCCCUACUAGGCCCUACUAGGCCGACAAAAAAACAAUUGCGAAACAACCCAAAAUGUCUGGUAAACACUGUCAAAGCACGUGCUCGGUAUGCGCAGAUCCUACGUUCAUGUCAUACGUUAUCUCAAAAAUACGCCGCUUGUUUGUGUUCUUUCUUAUGCUAACAACUUCUCUAAACCACGAAGCACGAUAUAUUUUGUAUAAUUUAUUUAAGUAAUAUUAAAUAGUGCAUCAGAAUAAAGGUGUAAAGUGUAGUAAGGAAUUCAGCGCAAAGAGAUGAGCCAGUUGAGCGGGUGGAUUUGAGCCAAACGCUUAUCACUACUUUGCUGCUUUGUGCAGUGCAUCAUCAAACUGUCAAUACAAUCAAUCGUCGGAACUACCCCGUUCAUUCUUUUAACUUGUCAUACUUUCAAACACACACACACACACAAUCACUCUUAUUUUCAUUCACCCACACACACACUCACACACACACACACACGCGAGAUAUAAAUAAUUUGCAAUCACUAUGCACUUCAGUUUGCUAACAAUCACCCACCACCACACCAUGAUUGAUUCGUUCCUGUGCGUGUUUCCGUGUUUUGAUGAAGCUGAGAUUUGUUUACCUACACGGUUGCUAACUAGUGGUUAGGCUAGGGAAAAAACGAAGCUACUGCUUAUACUGCGCGCGUUCGACCUUGCUUAUCUAUUUCUACAAAUUUUUGGAGGCAAUAUUGCACCACAACCGGCAAUCGCUACUGGUGGGGUGCUAGGUGGGGCGGUGGCCCCUGGCGAAAACCGAUUCAUUCACCAACCGCGUGCAACAUUCGCACCGUGCCACGCGCUCCCGAUUGUUGCGCCCCUGCGUCGUGUGCGUUGGUGCGCAUCAAUUUCCCGUCUUCUCGGGGUGGUGGUUUGGCAUUGUUUUUGCUCGCUUGCUUCUAGCCUAAAGGUAUAUCGUUAUCACUAAGAGGUUACAAUCUACGGAGGCGCUUCGAUUAUCACGUAUG